UUGUCAUUGGCUAAUCACUCGAUUAAUUAAUCACAAUGGUUUCUUCUUCUUCUUUCUUUUUAUGUUGUGUGGUGAUUUUCGCUGCUGUUUUUGUUACCUCAGAAGCACAGCUAACACCAAAUUUCUACGAAAAAGUGUGUCCUGAGGCACUUCCUACCAUCAAAGGGUUGGUUGAGAAGGCGAUCGAAAAGGAACCACGCAUGGGAGCGUCUUUACUCCGUCUACAUUUCCAUGAUUGUUUUGUCAAUGGUUGUGAUGGUUCAGUUCUCUUAGCUGACACUGCUAAUUUCACCGGUGAGAUGACUGCAUUUCCUAACAAUAACUCGAUCAGAGGUUUUGAGGUGAUCGAUGAAAUCAAGGCCGCCGUUAACUCUGCUUGCGGGAAUUUGGUCUCAUGUGCUGACAUUUUGGCUGUUGCAGCUCGUGAUUCAGUCGCGAAGUUGGGAGGUCCAUCAUACAAAGUGUUGCUUGGAAGACAAGACUCAUUAAACGCGAGCUGGAUGGACGCAAACACUAACCUACCAGCACCAUUUCUAAACCUCACUGGACUUCUGACGAGCUUCGCUUCAAAAAACCUCAAUCUCCAAGACCUUGUAGUUCUAUCUGCUGCUCACACAAUUGGUUUAGCUCAAUGUGCCACCUUCAGAACCAGGAUCUACAACGACACCAAUAUCGAACCAAGUUUUCAGGCUGACCGACAAAGGAUAUGUCCACCCGUAAUCGGUACUGGUGAUAAUACUACAGUAGCACUCGAUGGAACCCCGUUUAAUUUCGACAAUGCAUAUUUUAAUAACUUGUUGGCUCAAAAAGGUCUUCUUCAUUCUGACCAAGAACUCUUCAAGCAUGAUUUUAGUGCAGCUGAUUUUCUCGUCAGACGUUACAGUACCUUUCCUGAAGCAUUCAUGAAAGAUUUUGGUGAUUCCAUGAUCAAGAUGGGUAACUUGAAACCACCUACUGGUGCUAAAAGCGAGAUCAGGAUGAAUUGCAGUAGAAUCAACUAAUAGUACUCUCGCAUUAUUUUGCUUUUCAUAUGUAUUAAAGUUUGGAGUUUUUGUGUGUAAACGCCAACAUCCAUAUUUUCUUUUUCUUUUGUCUUUUGAGGGUUUCGGAUGGUUGUCAUUUCGGUUUGAUUGUUUUGUAAUUCUCAACUAUAUAAAUAUUCAACAGCAAAAUAUCUAUGAGAUUUAUA